AUGACAAACACUGAUACUCGUAUGAAAUAUGAAAAACUAGUAAAAUUACUAACUAAAGUCAAAGCCAAUCACAACAGGAAAAACAAAUACAAACUUAGUCACACAACUAUACAACUCAUAGAAAGAAGGAAAAACCUAUUGUCAAAACACCCUAGAAAAGACAACUUAAAAACUAUAACAAAAUUAAGCAAAGAAAUUAGUGCAAACAUCAGAAAAGAUAGAAAGACCAUGAGGAUGCAAACAUUAGAAAGGCAUAUAGCAAAGACAGGAAGAGUAAAAAAAGCACUAAAGGAACUGAUAGAAAUAAACAAGGAAUGGAUACCAAACUAA